CUUUUCCACCCCGUCCUUGGUUCCUCCCCGCCCUCCUUUACAACAUGUUCCGCUUUGUCCGAAAUCUCCAGUGCGUCCAAGGCAAACUCCGAGUAAUACAAGGCUGUCAACUAUUUGCAAAGAACUCGCUCCCGGCCGCUGCUGUUGCAAUCAGUAAAAGAAUGGCAAGUUCUGAUGGAUACAGAAUCGAGUAUGAUACCUUUGGUGAACUGAAGGUGCCAAAUGAUCGAUAUUAUGGAGCUCAGACAGUGAGAUCAAUGAUGAAUUUUAAAAUUGGAGGGACAUCCGAGAGAAUGCCAAUCCAAGUGAUAAAAGCAUUUGGGAUUUUGAAAAGAGCUGCCGCAGAAGUGAAUAUGGACUACGGCUUGGACCCAAAGAUUGCACACAGUAUUAUGAAAGCAGCAGAUGAGGUGAUUGCUGGAAAAUUGGAUGUUCACUUUCCUCUGGUCGUAUGGCAGACUGGCUCUGGAACACAAACCAAUAUGAAUGUGAAUGAAGUUAUCAGCAACAGGGCAAUUGAGAUUCUCGGAGGUAAACUGGGCAGCAAAGAUCCCGUCCAUCCCAAUGAUCAUGUGAACAAGAGCCAGAGUUCCAAUGAUACAUUCCCAACUGCCAUGCAUAUUGCUGCUGCAAAGGAGGUUCAUGAGGUGCUUCUGCCCGGUUUGCAGAGGCUCCAUGAUGCCCUUGAUGCUAAGGCCAAGGAAUUUGCAGACAUCAUCAAGAUUGGCCGUACACAUACACAAGAUGCAGUACCUCUGUCUUUAGGGCAGGAAUUUAGUGCCUACGUACAGCAGAUAAAAUAUGGCAUGGAACGGAUUAAGGCUGCAAUGCCAAGGAUCUAUCAAUUAGCGGCUGGUGGAACUGCCGUGGGAACUGGAUUGAACACGUGGAUAGGAUUUGCAGAGAAGGUGGCUGCCAAAGUUUCAGAAUUCACAGGUUUACCAUUUGUCACUGCGCCCAAUAAGUUUGAAGCACUUGCUGCACACGAUGCUUUGGUCGAACUGAGUGGUGCCAUGAACGUUGUUGCCUGCAGUCUGAUGAAGGUAGCCAACGAUAUUCGUUUUCUGGGAUCUGGACCUCGCUCUGGUUUGGGGGAGCUUAUUCUGCCUGAGAACGAGCCAGGGAGCAGCAUCAUGCCGGGUAAGGUGAACCCUACUCAAUGUGAAGCUGUUACCAUGGUAGCUGCACAGGUCAUGGGAAAUCACGUCGCUGUCACUGUUGGUGGAAGUAAUGGCCACUUUGAGUUGAAUGUGUUUAAGCCCAUGAUGAUUAAAAAUGUGCUGAAUUCAGCACAAUUGAUUGGAGAUUCCUGUGUCUCCUUCACAGACAAUUGUGUGGUUGGAAUUGAGGCCAACACUGAAAGGAUUAACAAGUUAAUGAAUGAGUCACUAAUGCUGGUGACAGCACUUAACCCACAUAUUGGUUAUGAUAAAGCAGCGAAGAUCGCCAAAGCAGCCCACAAGGAAGGCACAACGUUAAAAGAAAUGGCAGUCAAGUUAGGAUUCCUUACAGCAGAAGAGUUUGAUAAGUGGGUUAAACCACAGGAAAUGCUGGGCCCUAAGUAAUUUUUACCAGUAUUUCGGCUCCAAAUGUUUCAUAAUACUGGGAAAUAAAUGUUUUGCAAAACUUUUAAUUGCUGUUCUCCUGUGCAAUCUUUGUAAUUUAGCAUAGAAAAUAUUAUAGUGAGUGUGCUAUUUUAGAAAUGAAUGCAUGGUAAAGAGCAGAAACAGAACUUGAAAUAUUCAAUAUUUUGACUUCUGUAGUCAAUGCUGCUAAUUGAAGAAAUCCAUCUGGAGCCGGGUCUUCUACCUCAUGAACUUCAUUUCAUAACAGCCAGCUUGUCCAAUGCCUGCAGUGAAUAUGAUGAACUCUGCUUCUGAAAUUACUUUCAUGGUCUACAAGGGAACUGAAUUUUUGUACCAAAUUUCAACCCCUGAGUUACUCUUACCAAGCUGAUAAUGCAUACUUCUGACCUGACAAGAAUCUUCAAGACUCACAGAUAACGAAGAGAUAUGGAUCUGCUGUUCCCAAUUCGCCUGCUUGUCAAGAAUUUGUUCAAGCCAUCCAAAGUCAGCAAAUUAAAAUAGUUUUGAGUUUCUCUUUGGACCUGCAUACUAGUGGCCUAACUAUAAAAGCUGGACAAGUGGUGUCGCACCUGUGGUCCUAAUAGUCUUAGUAGAUGCAUUGUGAGGGAGGUGGGGAAGUACACGCAGAAUUGAACAUCCCAUGUAGUUGCAUCUAACAUGUGCUUUUUUCAUUCUUAUAACUGUUCCAAUAGGUAUUGUAUUUCCUCUAUUGUAAAAAAAAACAAAGAUGAUGACAGUCAUCAUUAUGUGCCAUGUCAUACGAUGUGUGUAAUCAUGGUCUUCGACCAUGAUUGUUCUUGCCAAAUUUUUCUACAGAAGUGGUUUGCCAUUGUCACCUUCUGGGCAGUGACUUUACAAGACGGGUGACCCCAGCCAUCAUCAAUCCUAAUCAGAGAUCGUUUGCCUGCCGUCAGUUGUCGCAUAACCAGGACUUAUGAUGUGCACCAGCUGGUCAUACGAGCAUCUACCAUCUGCUGCCAUGGCUUCAUGUGACUCUGAUCAGGGGUGGGGAGCUAAGCUGGUGCUACACCUCUCCCCAGGGUAAGCUGCAGGCUAGCAGAGGGAAAGAGUGCCUUACAACCCCUUUGGUAGAGAAGUAUCUCCAAAAAGAAACAACCAAAUUUCUGAUGUUUUUUCCCUUUCAACUGGGGAUAAUAACCAUCACAAACAAUGCUUAUAAAAUAAACACCAUCCUGAAAUAUUCUAUGGAAGGAGAACCCAGUGUCCUUCAAACAGCUGUCUGAUACCUGUCCAGUAGGUUCGAUUCCCUACUCGUACCCCAUCUUUGGGAAUCCAUUAGACAAUCAGUUGAUCCUUGCUCUUGUGCCACGAAGUUUCUAGUGAUUUUUGAUCUCUUUAGCCCCAUCCCUUACAAACUACGGGGAGUGAUUGGUAAGUUUGUAGCCUAAGAUAGAAGGAGUCGAUUUUAGAAAACCUAGCACAUAUAUUUUUCAACAUAGUCCCCUCCGACAUUUACACACUUAGUCCAGCGGUCGUGGAGCAUAUCGAUCUUGGACCUCCAGAAAGUGUCCACAGCAGGGGUGAUUGAUAACUCUGUAGCCUAGGGUAGAAGGAGAUGAGUUACAUGCACAUGCAGUUCAACUCUGAGUGAUUAUGCAGAAAGUUUGAAUUUAGCUCGUCAGGGGUGAUAAGUUUGUGGCCUACGGUAGGAGAUGAGUUAUUAACUUCAAACUUUCUGCACAAUCACUCGGAGUUGAGCUGCAUGUGCAUGUAACGAGAGCUGUAUAAGUCAUCUCCUCCUAUCUUAGGCCACGAACUUAUCAAUCACCCCUCAUACAGUGGUUUCUGGUGGUUGCUAUCCUGCUCUGUUGCCUCUUUCCCAGCCCAACCUUAUGUUUGCAUUCUCAACAUCACAGCAACGACACAUUGUGACUUUUAUUUGGCUGCCACAUCAGAAUAUUUUUAGCGAUCACACGUAUUCAUUCUAAACUUGGGAUGCCAAAUUACUUAAUGGUUCGGAAUGCCGUAUAAUAUUCCUUAGCGUCUGGCUUGACCUGUUUGCUUAUCACAGCCUAGCAUAGUGCUAUUCGUCCAUAUUUCAUGGACCUUGUGGUCUCUAUUGUUCUGUGAGAUGAUAAUUUUGCAUCCUAGAUGAUGGAGUGUCACUCAACCAGGUGUAAUGUGAAGUACCAGGGCCUAGGAGAUGUACUACAAAUAAUGUAACUUAUGGAUGAAAACUAGGGGCAUUUAUUAAAAAUAAUUAUUUCUUUGACUAUUGGAAGUAACUGUCAAAUCUAUCUUCUGGAAAUGUAACUAGGUAAGAAAUACAAACACCUAAGCAAUGUACUCAUUAUUUGCAAACAGUAUGAUAGCUAUGAUCUGUUGUAUUUUGAGAAAUAAAGUCAAA